AUGUUUGUGGACGUUGAGGCGUCCUCCUCGGGCACGUCCACCCAGUGGGUGGCCGAGGGUGGCGUGGUGGACCUCUUCCUGCUGCCGGGGCCGGCGCCCGCUGACGUCACGCGGCAGUACGCGGAGCUGACGGGGACGACGGCGAUGCCCCAGAUGUUCGCCAUUGGGUACCACCAGUGCAGGUGGAACUACAAGGAUGAGGCGGACGUGCACGCGGUGGACGCGGGCUUUGACGACCACGCCAUACCCUAUGACGUCAUCUGGCUCGACAUUGAGCACACCAACGGCAAGAGGCGGUGGCUGGGCAAAGAGACGGGGUGCUGA